AUGGUUUUUCUAUUCCACGUAACUGCAAAGAAUAAUACCUUACUCAUCUGCCUUGUCCUUGGUGUCGUCAGGCUAGUCAGUUUUCACAUUCAACUAUCUCACUCGAAUUCCAAGGGAGAUAGUAGUCAUGGAAUACCUGGUGCUCCCACUGAACUUUCUUGUAAGACAGAGAAGACGGAAAAACCUGGAAUUGAUGAACUCCCCAUAUUAAUGCCAUUUGAUAGAAGUAGGAUGGGAAAACGUGGUUAUCUAAGGAAAGAGAACUUAUUCAUUCACAAGGCUAACUUUCUACGGUAUCAUUCCUCAACCGUCUUCAAAUCAAGAAACUUUGCAGCGAAUGCAACAGAAAUUUGGUCGAAAUACGCUUGGGAUCGCUGUGCCUUGGUUGGUAACAGUGGGAGUCUACUUUCUGCUGAUUUUGGAAAAGAAAUAAAUGAGCACGAUAUCGUAAUCCGCUUCAACCAGGCUCCAACCAAAGGUUUCGAGAAAUUUGUUGGAAAUAGAACUACUUUUCGAGUUCUGAAUGCACUUUGGACAAAUAUUUACGCAAAAAAUGUGAAGUUGAACAAGGACGGUAGCUUGGAUUCAAGAGUAAAUAUCCGCCUCGGGGAAAUUAGAAGCAUCCCCCUAGAAAUGGAUGCUACCUUGAUAAUAUCACGCACUUCGGUAGAAAAUUUUAAUUUUGUCUAUUCAGCCCUGCAGAAAAAGCGUAUGGACGUUCGACUUCUGUUACUUGCUCCAAGAGUCGUGACUGCUGCGAAGUGGCUGUUAAAUGAGUAUCGCAGGCUCCUUUGCACCCAUGGAUACGGGCCUUAUACGGGUGGUCACACACCAUCCAGUGGAUUUGUAGCAAUAUUUGUUCUACUCCAGUUAUGCAAGGACAUAGAUCUCUACGGAUUUGGAGACUCUGGGUUAUCUGCAAGAUAUCAUUAUUAUACAGGCGGGGGUCAUCGGAAUAGUGGAAAUAUAGUCCAUAGUUGGGUUUUAGAGAUGGAAAUGAUAGAAGCACUCCAUAGAAACGAUCUUUUGAAAAUACAUUAA